AUGGCUAGCCCGCGCGGGGCGGGGCCUGGCGGCGGGGGCGGGGCCGCACCAGGGGGCCGGGACUCCCCGCGGGGCGCACUGGGUGUGGCAGGGGCUCGGCGGACAAGUGUGCGGGCUGGAACCCGGGCCGCCGCCUCCCGCGCCCGGGCUCGCCCGUCCCUGAGGCCGGGCCCGGGCGGGGAACGGGGGAUCCGCGCUGCAGGCGCCGCCGCACGACCCGAGCCCCGGAGCUGGCCGGGUCACGCUCGCGCUCGUGCACGCCGUCUCGGCGUUCGCCGUUGCUGGGCAACCUCCGUGACGUCACAGGACGGAAUGGCGAGUGCGAGGGAGAGCCCGGGUGCAGGGGAUGCACCAGGCCGUAGGAACUACCCUAUCCCAUCCUCUGCUCUGUCUCACAGGCAUCGCAGCUCCAGCCCAGUGAGGUUCAGCAACCCCGCAGAGGCCCUCCCACGAAACCUCAUCUCCUAAUCCCUUCAGACCUCUCUGGACCCUGGUGGCCAGGACCUCGGUCCUA